AUGGCAGACAUAGAUCCCAAGAAAAGAUACCUCGAGGCAUCCAAAGGCUGGGCACCAGUCCACAUUGGUAAGGAUUGGGUAGGCACUAAACACCUAGGUGGUGGUGUAUACGGUAUCGCUACACUAUUUGAAUACCGAGGAGAUAAUCCGGAUGUAUCGCCGCAGAAAAUCGUAGUUAAGCAGGAAGGGGGGAAAGGAUGGAAUUUGAAACAGGAAAGUAGGAUGUCGCAGAAACUUAUGAAGUUUGGGAGUGAACAUGUUAUUAAGAUUUAUAGGGCUUAUCAUCGGACGAUGGGUACGGGAACAAGUCCAACUAUGGACGACUACAUAGUGAAUUACAAUCCCCGAACGCACAGAACCGAAUACGGUCUUGAGCGAUACAUCGAGACGCAACUCCGACAACCGCAUCUGCAUGAUAUUGGAAGAAUAUAUAUCGAAUGUGCAUCUCAGGGGGAUUUACACGAUUGGAUGGUACUUAACUGUGAUGAGAAUCAACCUUCGGAAGAAUAUGUGUUUAGAUUGUGGGAAUGUUUGUUGAGGGGUUUGAUGGUUUUGAAGCAUGGGACUGAGGAGUGGGAUGAUGAGUUGGUGCGGGAGGGUUCGAUGUUUCAUAAUCCGAUUGUGCAUUUGGAUCUUAAGGGGGAUAAUGGUAACGAAAUGCUGAUGUUAAGUAGUCCUCUUGCCGAUUUCGGAUUCGCACUUGAAAUUCCCGACAGCGACGAGUUAGAAAAGAAUAUUGCCAAAAAGCAAGAGUGGAUCAGAGUAACCCGAGGCCGCAAUACAUUCCAUGCACCAGAAGUGUUGGAACAUUGGAAUUUUGGCGACGAGUCGGAUUUAUUUCUAGAGGGGAUUCAUGGGGACAAUGAACCCGAAUCGGGCGAGGAAAGGGAAGAAACGAAAAUGAAACAGCAAGCGACGGAUGAAGAUACAACGACUACAGAGGUAAAAACCCCAUCAACAAACAAACGCACCGGAUUUUCCAGCAGCAAGACCAGUUCCCCAUCCAAAGGAAAACACAGCAUGCCUAAACCCCUCCAAGGCAUAAAAAGAAUGCGUAGCGCCUCUCAACAAAGAAAACAGCCCUCUCCUCGGUUCAGUCCCAAUUCUAGCCAAGUGGCUCGAUUUGGACGACCAUCGGAACAAAUUCAACCUCUUGCUGGAACACAAAGGAAAACACAAACAAGCUCAACAUCACAAGGACAAGGACAAGGAGAAUCACAAGCACCACAUACACUUUCGGGCACACAAGCGCCGCGGAAAAAACAACGCAGAUAUUCUCCUACAUCUCCUCCAUCUCCAUCUGCGAAGGUGGAAUCGCGCAAGUAUUAUCGUGGUGCGGAUGGGGAGUUGUAUAGUUUGCGUGUGAGUAGUACGCGAGGUGAUGUUGGUGAUGGUGGUGGUGAUGGUGGUGUUGGUGAUAAGCGGGAUGAGCGGAAUGAUGGUGGGGAGAGGAGUGCGCCUUGGUUGGGGAAUUCUGAUUUUUAUGAUGAAACGUAG